CUAUCCUUUCUUUUUUCUUCUUCUUCUUCUUCUUCUUCUUUCUUUCUUUCUUUCUUUCUUUUUAUUUUUCUCAUCUUUUAAAAAUAUAAAGUAUGGAUAAAAAUCAACCACCUCUUAGUUGGUGGCAUGUAUUGGAAUCAUUUAGUUUUGUCUUAUUAGCAGCUAUUGUGAGUUUUAGUUUAGGAUUACAACUUGAAUUAUCACUGAUCAUAGCUAGUGUGAGAUGCGUGGUGCAACUAACAAUGAUGGGGUAUGUGUUAAAUGAUGUUUUCAACGCGGAUAAUGCCUGGAUUGUCAUGAUGAUGACUUUGAUAUUGAUAUUGUUAGGCGCAUAUGAAGUAGUCUUCAAUCGAACGAAAAGAACAUUUCAAGGCCUGUUUUUAGUGAUGUUUGUGACUCUGCUAUUUUGUACCUGUAUUAUUGGCUUUCUUGGAACUGCUUUUGCACUGAGAAUUGUUCCUUUUUGGGAACCAGCCAAAUUCAUCCCCAUCAUUGGCAUGUUAUUGGGCAAUUCAAUGAGUAGUAUUGCUAUGGCUACCGAACGCUGCUUGGAUCAUGUUAGUAAGCACGCUCCAUUAUUAGAAACGCGAUUAGCUUAUGGUGCAUCAAGAUACGAAGCAGCACGUCCAUUGGCGGUAGAAUCCAUUCGUUUAGCUUUAUUACCAGUGAUUACUCAACUAGGAGUGAUGGGAUUAAUCAAUAUUCCUGGUACAAUGGUUGGAUUAUUACUUGCAGGAGCUCCAAUAAGAGAAGCUGUUAUUUAUCAACAGGUGAUCAUGUUUAUGGUGGUAGCUAGUAGUACAAUAGGAUCCAUCAUGGCAGUUGUAGUAUGUCUGAAAACAGUGAUUGAUCAAAAACAAAUGUUACGUACUGAUAGGAUUCAUGACAACAAACCCAUAGUAACAAAAACAACAUUGACUAAAUUAGGUCAGAAACUCAAUGAAUGGCGCCAAACAGCAUGUAUCGGGCGAUAUACCAAACCUAAAUAUGAAGAAUUAGAAAUGACUCCCACUUGAUGAUCAUUUUAUCCCACCUUAUUAUUUUUGUCCUACUUCCAUCAAACUCUUGUAUUAUAUUUCAUAUUGCAUUCCCUCUUUUUUUUUUUGUAUAUUCACUAUUUAC